AUGUCUAGUGUGCGAACAAAAGUAGAGCAAAGAGAUCCGUUUACUGGCACUCAAACCAGUCGUCCUCCCCAAAGAAGAGUCGUUGCUAAAGGGAAAAAAAGAGAAUAUGAAGCUGUAGCAUCCACAAGUGCCAUGUCCACAUCAGGUUACCAGCCUGUUGUCAAAAGGCCCAAGACAUUCGGUGUCUCGCCGCAGCGUUCGAUGGAUAGUUUUUUUCAAGCAAUGAGGAAAAUCAUCGAAAACAAAGCAAGGCCCAUCAUUGACAAGCCUAGCAAAUUGGAUGCACUCAAGAAGACAUUACUCUCGGUGAAGAAGCUCCCCCUAGGUGUCAUUACUACUGCUGAAAAGAUCUGUCAAUGCGCCAAAGAUGAGUUGAAAAAUCAUCUUGAACACCAUGGUACUAAUCAAAACUUUCAAUACUUUCAAGAGUACGUCAAGGAUCACUUCAAUGCUGCUGUGAUAUCUUUGCAGCCUCAGGCCACUACGUCUACAUCCACUGGUGAAAGUGCAUCCAUCCCAGCUACACCGGUUUUUGCUCCUUCUGACUCUGUAGCGUUCCUUCACCGCGACCUCUCUGGCAUGGACAUGCCAUCCGACAUUUCUUCUGUAUCUGGCGCCCCUUCACAUGCAGCAGUGUCUUCAAUCUCGCAUAAUCCCUCUGAUAUAUCCAUGGUUGAAGCUCCCCCCAGACAAUGUAGAGUACCGCAUUUGUACUGUGUAUUUCAAAAGCCUUUUACGGAAGGAUGUGCCUUCCGAUCUUGUCGAGUCAUUUUUGCAGAAGCUAAAUACUGCAUUGAAUGA